GCGCUGGCUAGCUCAGCUCCCGCCUCGGCCCGGGGCUCCCCAGUGGCUCGGGGCGCCCUUGCUCGCGGCUGCUCCCCAGCGCAGCCCACGGGGACAGGCUCGCGGCGCAGCAGGGACCCGCCGACGCGCCAUGGGGGCCCCCAGCGCCCUGCCGCUGCCCUUGCUCCUGCUCCUGGCCUGCCGCGGGGCGCCUGGCGGGGCCACCCCCUCCCAGGACGGCCCCUGGCAGGAGCAGGACGUGGAGCUGGGGACCCUGGCUCCCAUGGAUGAGGCCAUCAGCUCCCCAGGCUGGAGCAGCCCCGACAUGCUGGCCAGUCAAGACAGCCAGCCCUGGACGUCUGAUGAGACCGUGGUGGCGGGCGGCACCGUGGUGCUCAAGUGCCAAGUGAGGGAACACGAGGACUCAUCCCUGCAGUGGUCCAACCCUGCCCAGCAGACACUCUACUUUGGAGAAAAAAGAGCCCUCCGAGACAACCGGAUCCAGCUGGUCAAGUCGACACCCCAUGAGCUCAGCAUCAGCAUCAGCAAUGUGGCACUGGCAGACGAGGGCGAGUACACCUGCUCCAUCUUCACCAUGCCCGUGAGGACCGCCAAGUCCCUAGUCACUGUGCUUGGAAUCCCACAGAAGCCUGUCAUCACUGGUUAUAAGUCGCCAUUGCGGGAAAAAGACACAGCCACACUGAGAUGUCAGUCAUCUGGGAGCAAGCCUGCAGCCCUACUCACCUGGAAGAAAGGUGACCAGCAGCUCAAUGGAGAGCAAACCCGGGUCCAGGAAGACCCCAAUGGGAAGACCUUCACCGUGAGCAGCUCCGUGACGUUCCAGGUCUCCCGGGAAGACGACGGGGCAGAUAUUGUAUGCUCAGUGAUCCAUGAGUCCCUCAAGGGAGCCGACCGCUCCACUGCUCAGCGCAUUGAAGUUCUGUACACACCCACGGCAGUGAUCCGGCCUGACCCACCGCACCCCCGAGAGGGUCAGAAGCUGCUACUGCACUGUGAGAGCCGAGGCAACCCUGUUCCACAGCAGUUCCUGUGGGAGAAGCAGGGCAGUGAGCCGCCCCUGAAGAUGGCGCAGGAGCGGGCCCUGCUCUUCCCCUUCCUCAACAAGAGUGACAGCGGUGUCUAUGGCUGCACUGCCACCAGCAACAUGGGCAGCUCCAAGGCCUUCUAUACCCUCAACGUGAAUGACCACAGCCCAGUGCAGUCUUCCCCCAGCACCUACCAUGCCAUCAUUGGUGGUGUUGUGGCAUUCAUCGUCUUCCUGCUGCUCAUCUUGCUCAUCUUCCUGGGACACUACCUGAUCCGGCACAAAGGCACCUACCUGACCCACGAGGCAAAAGGCUCUGACGACGCCCCAGACGCGGACACGGCCAUCAUCAACGCAGAGGGCGGGCAGCCAGGCAGUGAUGACAAGAAGGAAUAUUUCAUCUAGGGGACACUCCACCUGCGCCCUCAGAGCCCCAUGGGGACUGCUGGGCCGUCACCAACUGGACUUGUACAGAGUGACCCCUGGGCCGUCCUCCCGCUUGCUCCCCGGCCCCCACCCCUGUACAGAAUGUCUGCUUUGGGUGCGGUUUUGUACUCGGUUUGGAAUGGGGGGGAGGAGGGCGGGGGGAGGGGUGCCCUCAGCCCUUUCUGUGGCUUCUCUGCGUUUGGGUUAUUAUUAUUUUUGUAACAAUCCCAAAUCCAAUCCGUCUCCAGGCUGGAGUGGUAGGGGCCCCGGCUGAGGGAAGUGUGAGGAGGGGAGGCAGGGAGGGUCUGGACCAGCAAGGAGCUCCAUCAGGGGGUCUCUGUAUCCCUCAUCCUCCACAGAAGGGCAGUUUCUCCUUGGUUGCACCCCUCAAUCUAUUUAUGAUGAGGUGUCCCCAACAGCCUCUUCUACCCAGUGAAGAAGGGUGACUGAGGCCAUCACGGGUGACCUGCAGACAUGCAGCCCCAUGGGGAUCCCUGGCCCCAUCGCGGCAGGACACAGGCCUGUGGCAGGGGGAAUUAAAGAGGAAGGACGUCCUUCAGGGAACAGCCCUGGGGCCAGCAGGCAAGGUGGUCACUACUUGUCCAGUGGUCAUGGGGUCAGCCUCUCAGACCCUAGAUAGUUGCACAGCACCCCUCCUGCACCCUUCCUCUCAUGGCUUCACCCAUCCUCUACCCACCUACCCCUUCCCACCUAGGCACCCCAGUGUCCCCCCCUCACCCCUGCAACAGCCAGGCAGGUGCAACAACAAAAAUACUAAAGGCGCUUCACUGCUCUGA